AAAAAAAGGAAGAAAGAAAUCGAAGAACCAAAGAAUCUGAAGUCUAAACCCACCGAGAAACCCUGGAUUCACCCAAGCCUCUUUCUUGCACGACGAACCAAAUCAAUCAAUUUCCCAUUUCCUUCAGAAUCCAAUUAAAUCCUCAAGAAUUUGUUUCUGAAGCGAGCUCAUUAUAUCAAUGGAAGAAUCAAGACAAGAAAAAUUGACUCUUGUUACAACAAAGCCUUGUUUUGGGCUUCCUACUGGUUGCCCCAAUUGCUUGCCAGUUUAUUUUUAUCUCAAAUUCGCUCGUCUUCCUUUUAAUUUAUACUUCCAUUCCACCUUUCCGGAUUCAGAUCAAAUUCCAUAUGUUGAGUCCGGUUCUUAUGUGGCCUACAACAAUGAGAAUGGCGGGGUCAUCAAUUGCUUACGAAAAGAUGGGAUUGUUGAUUUGGACUCGGAUUUUGACACUAUCCCAGAAUGGAUAUCAAUGAAGGCGAUGAUAGGAAGCUGGCUUGUGGAUGCUCUUGUAUAUGAGCUAUGGAUAGCUUCAGAAAAAACUUCUGUACAGAAGAUCUACUUCUCUGAUCUUCCAUGGCCCAUUGGAACUAUUCUUUACUUCAAGAAAAAUCAUGCUGUCAAGAGCCAUCUUGGGAUCACCAAUGAAAAUGCUGAAAGGAUAGAGACUGAGAUCUAUAGGAGGGCAAACAUAGCAUAUGGAGCUCUUUCAACUCAGUUAGGGGAGGACUCUUUUCUCUUUGGAGAGAGGCCCAGUAGUUUGGAUGCCUUAUUCCUUGGUCACGCGCUGAUUUCCCUUCAGGCCUUACCUGAAGCAUCAGUUUUGAAGAGCAAGCUUUUGAAUUUCAGUAAUCUGGUGAAAUAUACUGAAAAGCUCAGUACUGAGUUCAUAGACACUGCACCUCAAUCAGCAGUUCCAGCGUGGUCAAGAGUUUCGGCAUCUGAAGGAAACUCUUCGUCUUCGACAAGUAAGCAAGGGGGCUUUUCAAACUGGAGUUCAAAGCCCAAAAGUAAACCAAAGAAAGAAAGGUCAGAGGAAGAGAAGAAGUUCAAACGAAGGGCUAAAUACUUCCUAGCAGCUCAGCUGGUUUCGGUUCUUGUGUUCUUGUCACUUUUUGGCGGCUCUGAUAAGGGUGAAGCGGAAUAUGAAGACGAUGAUGGUAUAGAGUACUUGGAAUAAGUUCACCGUAGACAAGGCCUCAGUUACGUUGCCAUCAUUUCUGUACUUAGAAUAACCCCCAACCUGUCUCCUUUUUCUGCAUGGAAAAUUCAGGAGUUUUUGUUCACAGUUGAAGGGGAUUUGUCCCCGUAUUUUUUUUUGCAAGAAUCGACUCAUUUGUUAUAAACAGGUCUUUUUUAGCCAACUCAUGUCCAGAACAAAUUUAUACUCUUCGAGUUCGUGCAGGCCUGUGUUAUUGAAUUUAAUCAUUGACAAUUUGAGAGGAUGAAGUGAAACAAGGUUUUACGUUUCA